AUGAGUGCGUCCACAAUUCCUCAGGAAACAACGAGUUUUAUAGACUACGAAAAGUCCAACAACUUGGACUCCACCGACGCGUUUGAAGGACCUGAGAAAUUGCUAGAGAUCUGGUUCUACCCUGAAACCAAACCAGUGGAUUCUCCUGCUGGCGAAAACAAGACUCUGCGUGACAUCGCUUAUGAAGAUUGGGUCAGUAUUCUUAAACUUGUCAAUUGUGAAAUUCUAAGUUUCAAGAAAACUUCCCAAUUGGACGCUUAUCUGCUAAGUGAAAGUUCCUUCUUUGUUUAUGAUUAUAAAGUAGUCCUCAAGACCUGUGGUACCACCACCACUUUAUUCUGUCUCCAAGGGUUGUUCAAUUUAUUAUUCCGUAAAUUGGAACAUUGGAAAGAUGAUCUUUAUAAUCCUACCAACAAUAAAUACACUCCAUAUAAAGUUUUCUACUCAAGAAGAUGUUUCAUUUUCCCCUCCAAACAAAAAUCCAUCCAUCAAAAAUGGUCAGAUGAAGUUAAAUAUUUGGAUCAAUUUUUCGCCAAUGGUCGUAAUUAUUUAGUAGGGAGAAAUCCAAGCGAAGCUGGCCAUUGGAAUUUAUACAUUACUGAUACCAAUAAAAUUUUAGAAAACAAAAUGGUCAAUAAUAAUCCUCAAACUCAAAUCGAUCGAGAAGAUGAAACCAUGGAAAUGUUGAUGACAGGGUUGGAUCAAACUCAGAUGAAAUAUUUCCACAAAGACAUUUCUUCUUCCACCUCUACUGAUGACGGUCAUGAAAUGGGUAAUGAAAUGACAAGAUGUAGCAAGAUCGACAAGAUUUAUACUCUAGACAACAAUUCAACAAUCAUAUCAGAUUCAUUCGCUUUUACACCCUGUGGGUAUUCAAGUAAUAAUAUCAUUGAUGAAUCAAAUUAUUUCACAUUGCAUGUGACUCCAGAAAAGGGUUGGUCUUAUGCAUCUUUUGAAAGUAAUAUCCCUGAAUCAAGAUUAACAAAUAAUGAAACUAAUAGAAACGUCAUGCAAAGAGUCUUGGAUAUAUUCCGCCCUCAAGAAUUCUGUUUAACUCUUUUCCAAAAUACUCGUGAUCCAACCACACAAAUUAGUAAGACAAGUUUGGCCCAAAGUAUUCGUGAAGGUGUCCCAGGAUACGUCAAGAUGGAUCAUAUAUUAUAUGACUUGGACGAUUACCAACUCUUAUAUGUAAGAUUGCACAGAAUAACUAACAAUUGA